CCUGUCUGCAGGCGUCCCCGCUCUUUGCUUGCCUCCCAAUCUCCAAUCAUCUCGCGGUUUCUUGAAUCGGUCUGGUGGUGGAAUGAGAUCGAGGAGGUAGUCGCUGCCUCCUCGAUUGGGAACGCUGUUAAAUAGUCUUGUUGCGUUGUCGCGGAAUCUGAUCGAUCAUUGGAGUUCUAGGGCUUGAUGUCUUAUCAGCGUGUGGUUUCGAGUGAAUUAGUAGAAUUGAGUUGAGGAUCUGUUUUUCGAUGUAAUUGAGAGCGGUGCUUGAAUUCUUUGUGAUGCUGUACUGUGGAGAGGAGCAGAAUUUUGGCUUGUGGUUUGCUAGGCGCAAGUGGCGGGUGGUUAAGCGAUUAGGCUGGAGAUUUGAGCUCAAGUCAUUUUAGGGUUGCAUAGGUGGUUUUUAAUUGACGCGCUGUAACAUGUCUGUUUCUUUCUAGUGGUGGUUUUGGGCCAUAUGUCGACCAUUUCGGCAAAUUAUUAGCAUGGAAUGGAUAUUUGUGUGGAGGAUACAUGUGCCUGUAGGUUUAGGCUUUCCUUGGACUGGCUUCACUAGUCGGUUCACCUGAGAUUCAUUUGUAGUGAGACUUGCGGUGUGAUCGCUGUAGAUUUUUAACUGGGAUUCUUACACCUGCCUUGAGGGUUGAUUGUGCCCUAAAGCUUGAUAAGAUGGACGAGUAUCAGCAUUAUGAGCGGUUUAGCAUGGAUAAUGAGUACGAAGAUGGGAUCUGGAUUGGGGGUGACUUCUUUGCCCGCAAACCGAAAGCAAAGAAGCGACAGACUAAGGAGGAGGCACUGUAUGGGGUUGAUGACAGUGAUUCUGAUUAUGAAGAGCCAGGGAAGAAGAGGCGUCGGGGGGAUAACAAGAAGAGUGACCUAACAAAACCCGUGAGUUUCGUAUCGACGGGUACAGUUAUGCCGUCGGAAGAGAUUGAAAAGGAGGAGAAAGAGGAGCAAGUGGCUCCUGUUGGGGCCGGAUUAGGGUUUGGAACCGCUGUUCUGGGAUCCGCUACUGGACUAGGAUUUGGCGCGAAAGGAAACAUUAAACAGGAGGAAAAUGUUGAAGAGGAGGAAUUGCUCCCAACAGCAUUUGGGAGGAGGAUCAAAGAAGGAGCAGAGCGGAGAGAAUUAGAGAGAGAAAAGGGAAAGAAGGCUGCCACGAAGUCGAGGUCCUUGGCAAGUGGAGGCACAGGUUCUGUUCCUACUUUUGAAAUGUUCACUAGAGGAAUUGGGUCCAAGUUGCUAGAAAAGAUGGGUUACAAAGGAGGAGGUCUGGGGAAGAAUGAACAAGGUAUUGCGCAACCAAUUGAAGCCAAACUACGACCCAAGAACAUGGGUAUGGGAUUCAAUGAAUUUAGGGAAACAGCAACCGGACUGCCUCCUCCCCCUGGUAUGCGGCAACCAGAUGAAGACGUUGUGGUGGAGAAGCCAAAGUCUAAAGAAAAGCUAUGGAUGAAGAAGAAUAAAGGGAAGAAGAAGACAGAGCUCCGCACUGCAGCGGAGCUGUUAGCAGAGAAAGAUGCACAGAACGGAGGGAUUAUUCACCAGACAGUUCUCGACAUGCGAGGUCCUCAACCGAGGUUGCUAACUAAUCUGGAGAAUUUGAAUGCUGAGCAGAUGCCAGUAGAGGACAGUACUCCGAUGCCCGAGUUACAACAUAAUCUUCGUCUAAUCGUAGAUACGACAGAGGCGGAGGUUCAAACUUGCAAUCAGAGGUUACAAAGCGAGAGGGACACGGUGCUGAUUCUGAAUAAAGACAGGGAGCGACUGGAAGCUGUCGUAAGCACUCAGGGGAAGCAGAUUGCCGUCAUAGAGGCUGUGAUGACUUCUCUUGAACAGAUCCGGGGACAAAUUUCUAUGGAGGGAAUGACUUUAGAAAGUUUAGCCAGCGCGUUUGCAAGAAUCAAACACACAUACCGAGAUGAGUACAAGUUAUUUAGCGUCGGCAUCAUAGCCCUUUCCUUGGCUUUGCCUAUGAUGAAUGCCCUUUUUAGAGGCUGGCAACCACUCCUUCAACCUCUGCAUGGAAUCGAGGCCAUGGCUGCGUGGCAGGAGCUCUUACAGGGCAAUGAAGCACACGAUCAUGCCAUAUUUCAAGAUGUUGACAAUUCGCCUUACAUCCAGCUAGUUCUUGAGGUUGUAUUUCCUCAUAUCCGUUUGGCCACGACAAACUCGUGGCAACCUCGAGAUCCAGAGCCACUGCUGAGAUUUCUUGAGGCUUGGGAUAAGGUGCUUCCUGGAGGGGUUAAACAAAAUCUUCUUGAAGGACUUGUUAUGCCAAAGCUGACUGCUGCGGUGGAUGCGUGGGAUCCUCGGCUUGAAGAAGUUCCCAUCCAUGCAUGGCUCCAUCCUUGGUUACCUUGGCUAGGUCCACGAAUGGAGCCACUCUAUGUUCCUAUUCGAUACAAGCUAAAUGUUGCGUUAGUUAAUUGGCACCCAGGGGAUUCCUCUGCUCUAGCUCUUCUUUCCCCUUGGAAAACUGUUUUUGAUCCUGCCAACUGGGAGAUGCUAAUUGUGCGUUCGAUAAUGCCCAAGCUUAUCCAGGCAAUGCAGGAGUUUGUGUUGAAUCCUGCCAAACAGAUUUUAGAUCAGUUUCACUGGGUCAUGGCAUGGGUCUCUGCCGUUCCUUUGCACCAUAUGAUUAAUAUUUUGGAAGCAAAUUUUUUUCCAAAGUGGCACCAGGUUUUACAUCACUGGCUAAGCGCAAGUCCGGAUUAUGAUGAGGUUACUGCAUGGUUUGUGGGUUGGAAGUCCUUGCUGCCGAGUGAACUCGUGGCCAACGAGAAGAUCCGGCACCAUCUUAGUUCAGCACUUGACUUGAUAAACCAAGGUAUGGAGGCGACACCGAGUAUACCACAGGCAACACGGGAAAAACUGACAUAUCUUCGAGUUGCAGAACAGAGGAUACUUGAGCUUUCUCAGCAAGCCCAUUCUCAACAAGGUCAUGGUGCUACAUACGUACAACCGCAAAAGCAGCAUGCAGCUCUUGAUAUGGAUGAGAAUGAUUCUGGAGCAGAGAUGACUUUAAAAGAAGUUGCUGAGGCUUUCGCCCAAGAAAACGACGUUCAGUUCAUUCCUAAACCUGGGCGUAUGCAUGAGGGUCUUCAAGUAUACAGUUUUGGGGCUGUGAGUGUGGUCAUAGAUAAUGCUAAGCAGAGUAUAUUUGCUCAGACUGGUGAAGGAUGGAAGCAGGUCCACUUUGGACAAAUAUUGGAGAUGCACCGCAGUCGCAGUGGAAGCCGGUGGAAGUAAUAGGUAUUAAAAAUUAGAAAUGAGAAAUUGAGUAAAAAUUUUCUGAAGAUGCGAUUUCUGUGACAUUGUCGAGGACCAAGGGGAAGUCAGGAUGGUAAUUGGACACUGAUAGAGGCUGGAUCAGUCUGGCAGAAGCUGCUAUGGGUCAGGACUCUUCGCGCAAGUUGGCAGAAUCGUGUGAUGUAAAAGUUUGUGAAGGCUCUGCAACAGCAAUCUCGCUCUUGUGAUAGUUCGGCCUUUGAUGAUGUCAUCUUGGACACGUGGAAAGGAUAGAGAAUCCUUGUUACGAGAUAAGCAGUCACUGGAGAAAUCGUAAGAUGAAUGCACGCUCAAGUGUUAACAGGGAUUGGCUUGUCAUCUCGAGUUUAACACAUGUUCAAAAGCUUAUGCAGCAUUCUUCUAUUGCCGGCGAUGGUGAGCGAGUUUGUAAUCCUUCCAACACUGCAAUGCGGAUGUAGUCCACUUUUCUCUACAUAUAUCUGAGAUUGAAUGCCUUAAAAAGCAUUUAGUUAUCAAGUACAGUUCGAGUAGGUGAGCAACAGAAGCUACGUCACCGGCUCUAAGCAAGCAUCAUACGCUUCCGUCACAAGUUCAUGUUUCCGCGUAUUUUCAAAAUUUAUGCCGAGUAAGCCAGGCUGCAACUGAAUCUGCUCAAACAAAAUUAGGAGAAUGGUGCUUGCUCUCAAUCUAUUUUCUCCUCUUGGAUAGCGCUUGUAUCUGUCGUAGAAACACCAUGGUAGAAAUAAGUCAAUCUAUUAAGUAGCUCUUCUACAAUUCUUAUUUCUUUUUUUUAUUACUGCAUUAAGCACAUUUAUUUGUUCGUUGCAAUGAUGUACAUAAUCAAUUGUGAGAGACAAUUUUGCUAAGUGAUUCCAUGGAUCUUGGCUACAAUACAAGAGGGUGUAGAUUUGAAUUCAAUAUCUACUAUCAAGACUUAUACAAUUUACACUAUUGUGGAUUAAAGAGUGUCUUUUUUCUUCAAAUAUAA